GCUGAAGCUAUGUCUUCGUAGGGCCCUCCCGCUGCCUAUGGCAGAACCACUUUCUGAGGAGUCACAGGGCUCCACACACGGAGAGCUGAUUCGCGACUAUGAGCCUUCGCAAGGCUCUUCGUGGCGAUUUGGGAGGCCAGACUACGCGAAGGUGAACCAGACCUACUUCAAGCACCGCACCAUGGCGCAUCAGGAGGGCUCCUUGGAAGCCCUUGUACAGAAGGUCCUGAAGAACUGGCAGGUGGAAGCUGAUAACAUUGCCGAUGUGCAUAAGUGGAAGACCAUGGAUAGCACCAAAUUCAAGUUGGCGGUGAACGGCGGAUGCCCCUGCAACGCGCAGCUCAUGGCGGACGUUGGAGCGCCAAACAUCUUGGUGAGCGAGACAUUGGCCGCUUGA